CUCUGAGACGCUGGCAAACUUCACUCGCUUCCAGGGCAAAGAGAACUUCAUGGAGUUCAUGAAUGACUUCCUUGAACGAGAGGCACCUGCCAUGAAGAACUUCUUGCACAUGAUUUCGAGCGGCGUAUCCAAAGAAACCUCCUCGCAGUGCCCAAGCUCCAGCAAUGACCUUGACCGCUACAUUGACCUUGGCAAACAGCUGUCCAUUCUGCACGCGUUGCUGUCAGAGUGCGUGGCCAAGGUGACAGCUGAGCGGGCGAGCGAAGUGAGUCAGCUGCACUGCAUUCUGGAGAGAGUGCAAGGUGCGCUAGCCGACCCUGUCACUUCGGCCCUUAUCAACGGGCAGGCCUGUCAGUCGUUGCAACGCAAUAUAUUCAGAUUCAACGACCCAACCGUCUGCGUAAACGGCAACACGGGAACCGGAACCGUUAUCUACCAACAACAGAACAUCAACAACUCAACAUCGAGCAACAUCAACGUUGUCAACAACAACAGCAACAACACCAACAACAUGCAACAACCGCCAUUGCAACUGCUGAACGGCGGGGGACGGUCACCGGUCGUUACUCGCGCCUCUACACUGCCACGCAACGCGUAUCUUGCGGGAGGCAACGCGUAUCUAGCGGGAGGCAACGCGUAUCUUGCUGGAAGCAACGCGUAUCUUGCGGGAAGCAACGGAACUCAGCAGCAUCAUCAUCACCAUCAUCAUCAUCAUAAUGGGGUGGACGAGGGGUUGACUUCGUUCAAUAGUCCGGCUAGGCAUAAUAUGGCUAGAGGCCAGUUGAACGGUCACCACCACCCGAAUCACUUCGGGGCCGAUGACCUCUCUGACCUUGACGGCUGCUGUGACCUUCACGGGGUGGAGGGAGGCGUGGGUGCAGGGGGCCCAGGGGUGCCAGGAGCGGGGGGCCACAAGGGCAGUCAGGUAUCCAUAUCCACCCUGUCCAAUGUGGCCUCGUCCGGUACCAGAGCUUUGCUGCCUACAGUCAGAGCAGUAGUCCUGUCGAUUGACUAAUAAUAACU